GCUUUGGUUGGCGCGCGCGGCGCCUGAGCCCUGACGCGCCGCAGCUCUGAGGUUGGCGGCGGCGGGGACGGAGUUUCGGAAGGGUUUUGCCGCCAUUAUGUCGUUUCGCCAGCGAAGCCCCCUCGUCGGUCGGACUCGUAGCAGACCAACAGCUUGUUGGAGUCAAGGAAGGAAGCGUGAUGCAGAUGGGAAGCACAGAAAUACACAUGAGCCAAGUGUCCCAGCCUUUGAUUAUGAUACAUACAGUCUGGUAGAUGGCAGAUCAGAUAGCUUCACAACACCAGAGGGCCACAAACCCCAUUCAAGGUGUUCAGACUGGGGAAGUGCAGUUGAAGAAGAUGAAAUGAGGACUAACGUUAAUAGAGAAAUGGCAAGAUACAAAAGAAAGCUUCUGAUAAAUGAAUUUGGAAGAGAAAGAAAGAUCUCUACUGGAAGUUCGGAUUCCAAGGAAUCUACGGCAGCUGUGGAACUUGAAACUGAUGAGGCUGUUCUAAUGAGGAGACAAAAACAAAUAAAUUAUGGGAAGAAUACGUUGGCAUAUGACAGAUAUAUUCAAGAAGUUCCAAGGUGUCUACGGGUUCCAGGUGUCCAUCCGAGGACUCCAAAUAAAUUUAAAAAGUACAGUCGUAGAUCUUGGGAUCAACAAAUCAGACUCUGGAAAGUUGCGUUGCAUUUUUGGGACCCUCCUCAUGAAGAAGGCUCUGAUGCACAAGUACUUAGCCCUGUUGAUCUUGGUGAUAUGGAAACAGAAUCUGUAGGAAGUAAUUCCUUGAUGUUACAGGGAAGUUCUCAAGAAAAGAAUGAGAAUUGUACAGGCACACCAACCAAAGUGAGAAGUAUUGACCAUCAAUCAGAUGACUAAAUUCAGCUAGAGGCACCUUCGGGCAUGAAGCUUACGUCACAAGUAGAAGCAUGUGUGCUGCAAGUUUCACUCUGCGGAAGGGACAACUCUGAUAGAUUCAAGCAGAAAUAAGAAAUUUCCUGUGUUAUCAUCUAGAGCUGUGGCAGCUUUAAAAUGAAAAUCAAUGUUUCUCUGGCCUUUUUAAAAGCAUAAAAAUGGAGUCAUAAGUAAUUGGGCAACUGCCUAAUUUAUAUACGUGCGUAUGCAACAGAUGGCUUUAUAAGCGGUUGAAUUAUAGUUAAGCAAAAUCAGAAUAGGCAAUAUUGCCCCAGUUUAGCAGUUUUAAAAGAUGAAACUUUGGUAGGAAAUGUUUAGUUUUAGCACUUGGUUAGUGACUUUUAACCAUGCCGCAAAUAUAGGCAGGAAGAGGUAGUUCUGCACGCUGCCCUGUAAUUUUUACAAUGUGAGAAUUUAUGCUUUUGAAAUUAUUUCCUUCAGAGUUACCAAGCACAUUACAAUAACAGUUUCCCCGAAUAAACGGGCUCCUUUGAGAAAUAAACGUCCUCUUUCUGGUGUAGAUCUCACAGAGUUGUAAACUGAUACUUGUAAAUAGUUUUCUGCAGGGCUAUACAAACUUUUAAAGAAGAUUGAGUGAAGGGAGACUUGGAAAGUUAUUUUUAUUCAUUCUUAAUAUAAUUUUUUUUUUACUAUAGUUGCUGUUUUUGUAUGGAAUAAAAUAUAAAUAAAGAACAUCUUUGUAUAAUACGA